AAAACCCACGUACUUUUCACCAAUGGGAGAACGGGAAGCACCAGCCACUCGGCAGCAUGCUGAUAAAACGAUUAUUACCGAACACUAUUCUGGUGCGCUCAUUUGUUUACGCUGGGUUGGCUCAUGGCUGUGGGUUUCUCGUGUGGUUCUUCUUGGCUGAUGACAUGUGUGGCAGGUUAUUGGCCCAACCGCAUUAUAAAUCAAAAUACACAUAAGUAUCCAUCAAAACUUGUCUGCUGCAAAUUGUGAAGGUGUGGUGACUUGAGUGGGUCACAAACAGCAGAUAUGCUGAGGAGUCGGAAGCCAGUGUAUCCGAGAAGGUUUUCCCUGAGGCAACAGGCAGAUGGCCAACCGACAGAACACCUGACACCAGAGCAGGACAGAAUCCCGCGGCAGAACAUUGGCAUCGAUGGGUCGGCCGAGUGGCGGUCGUUGCCAUGGCGACACGGCCGCGUCCUCGGCGCCCGGGGCCCGCCCUCCUGGAGAGUAGGCCGUCAGAGUCGCCGGGCAGUGUGAGCGGUGUAAUGGGCGGCACGGGCCGGCCCCCGGCGGCGGCAGGAGAGGCCAGGAACGUGCAGCCGCCGUCUCCGCCGGCCGAACAGGCUGAGGGCGACGGUGACAUCUCUGCAGGGGAGGUCGACAUCAAGAUCGAGCCAGAGGAGUGGCAGGCAGCGCUGGAGCAGUCGCCGCCCUGCUCUCCCGAACAGGACGGCAUGCAUUUGGGACUGGGCGAGCGGCUGGAGGACCCCAUGGUCAUGGUGCCGAGAGGUGACCUGCUGAGGGCGCGGCUACUGGGCGGCCGUCGGAGAGCUGAAGCUAGGACCCGGAGCGCGGACGACGACGGCUUCAGCUCGGACGGAGACGCCUCGAUGUUGGACGGUGACCAAUUUAUAGAUGACCCGGGGCCUGACGAGGAGCUCACCUCGCUCUCCUGGCUCCAGGACAAAAAUCUGAUCAAGGGGAUCCCGCUGAAAGCUCCCCUCGCCCCCGGAACGCUCAACUGUGAGGGGCAGAUCAAGCAAGAGCCGUCUGUGGAGCAGGGCUCGGCCGACGAGGCAGAGGAAGACCCCGACUCGUCCCUGAGAAAGGACCGGCGUGUCCCCUACGCACCAUCCUGCUUCUUCAGGGUUCGGCACUACCUCAAGCACUCCACCAACGGCUAUGACCCCAAGAUCCACGCCGCGUACAAGCCGCCCUACUCCUUCUCUUGUAUGAUCUUCAUGGCCAUUGAGGACUCGCGCUACAAGGCGCUGCCGGUGCGAGAGAUCUACACCUGGAUCGAGCAGCACUUUCCGUUCUAUCAGUCGGCCGCCGUCGGCUGGAAGAACUCGGUCAGGCACAACCUGUCGCUCAGCAAGUGCUUCAAACGCGCCGACGCACCGCCGCCGCCGUGGGGCUCCAGCCGUCCGAAGGGCUCCUACUGGAUGGUGGAGCCCGAGUCGCGUGCCAGCAUGAUCUAUGGACUCCAGCGGAUGGCCAACGGAGACGGGCGGUGGCGACGGUCGCCCAAAAUCGGGAAGAUCAAACAAGUUAAUAAUGCAAGUGAUCGCUCCGACCACAAGUAUAAUAGUACCUUCCUAAGGCGACAAAAAGUGGCUGUGUCUGGCGGCGGUGAGGGCGGCGACCACGGGCCCAACCCUCAGCUGUUUCCGUUCCUGGCCGCACGUCUUCUGGCCGCUCCGGGACGGAGUCCGGCGAACGGCGCCUACUCACAGCCGCUGCCGCCGAACUGCAAACUGCUCACGCCCGCCAACUUCGACCAGGGCUACCAGCGAGUGAGGGAGGGCAAAUACCUGCCGGAGCCGCCCGCGAACGCCGUGGACAAUGCACACAGAGCGGCGGUGUUCCCUCCGGUGAUGAUCAUAUCCCGUUCCGCCGCCGAGGACCACACCUACGCCUGCUGCCACGCGGCGGACCGCGAAGGACACAGCGGGUCCUCAGAGGACAGCGGCGACGACUCGGAGUCGGACCAGUCAGACCAACCCCUUCAGAAACUUCGCGGCCGUCUGGGCGACUCCCUGCCGAGCAGCGGUCGCUCUGGCGAGCUCACUCCUGAGGAGGUGGAGGGCGCCGACCUGCUGCUGAAUCUGGCCGGCAUCUCGCGGUCCCAGUCGCCGCAGCCGGUGCCCGCAGAGCCGCCGCGGCGCCGGCCGGGCAGACCGCGCGGCCGCGGCCGGCCCCGGUAGACCGGACUGACGGCGUUCGGACUGGCCAUCUCCGUUAGGACAUCGAGAGUGCAGUUCGAGAAUCAUGUGUGGUGCUAGAGUGAAGACACGAGGACCUGCAAAAUCAUGUGUGAGACGCAAUUUGGAGACCUGUAUUAUACAAAAGUGUAUAUUAUGAAGCAGUGUGUGCCAUGUAUUGCUGAAGAUCUAUUGCAAAGUUGUGAGGGCUUUCUGUUGAAGCAACUUUCUUACUUUUUGUGUAAUACGAUUGGGCAUGUUGAUCUGUGUGGGUAUGUUGUUACUCACAGGCGAGCUGGUAUGUUGUGCGAAAGACGAGUAUGGCCGUGUCAGCCGCAUGCCGUGAAGGAGGACCAGAGUGUCUGGUGUGCCGGACGGGGACAGGAAGGGUGCAGGCCCACGAGGGGUCACGGUACGGCGGCCGACACUGCCGCCCACCGGGUGCCAAAUCAUUGAAAAGCAAUGCUGGGACUUGUUGCAUUUUUGGUCGUAGGGCCGUCAUACUGUGAGAGGAUGAGAUGUUUUUGUUUAAAUACGGAACUCGUUCUUUUUUAGGCUGACUGUUUAGCUGCGUUGGAUGCGAGAGUAUCGUGUUUGUUACCAGAUUGCGCUUUUAUGUGACCGUUGUGGGUAGAAAAUGUGUAGCAAGCUCGUAACGACGGGCAUAAUAAUACAAUUUUCACUUGGCG